GGAUCAUUUGCGUACCUGAGGGUAGAGCUGGGCGACUUCAUGGCCUUCAUUGCCGCCGGCAACAUCCUACUCGAGUACGUGAUCGGCGGAGCAGCUGUCGCCCGUUCCUGGACAUCCUACUUCGCUACUCUCUGCAACCACCAGCCUAACGAUUUCCGCUUAGUCGCCCAUGGUCUCUCUACCGACUACAGAUAUCUCGACCCCAUAGCCGUUGUCGUCAUCGCCGUCAUCUGCAUCCUUGCAGUCCUCAGCACCAAGGGCUCCUCGCGUUUCAAUUACGUAGCCUCCAUCUUCCACAUUGCCGUCAUUCUCUUCAUCAUCGUUGCGGGCCUAAUGAAAGCUGAUACCAAGAAUUACUCCUCGUUUUCUCCUUAUGGUGCCCGCGGCAUCUUCCAGGCCUCGGCUGUGCUUUUCUUUGCUUAUGUUGGAUUUGAUGCGGUCUCAACCAUGGCGGAGGAGACAAAGAACCCUGGUCGGGACAUCCCUAUUGGUCUGGUUGGCUCAAUGGCGAUUACUACAUUGGCGUAUUGCUUGCUAGCCGUGACGCUGUGCCUCAUGCAGUCGUACAAAGAUAUUAACGAAGAUGCUCCAUUUUCGGUCGCAUUCGAAGCUGUGGGGAUGAGAUGGGCUAAGUACAUAGUUGCAGCAGGUGCACUCAAGGGCAUGACAACCGUUCUGCUGGUGGGAGCAGUGGGUCAGGCUCGAUAUCUCACGCAUAUUGCACGCACCCACAUGUUGCCACCAUGGCUCGCCCAUGUCAAUGAAAAGACCGGGACUCCCGUCAAUGCCACAGUGGUGAUGCUUGCAGCCACUGCCAUCAUUGCCUUCUUCACAAAGCUUGAGAUUCUCUCCAACCUGCUCUCCAUCUCCACACUAUUCAUUUUCAUGCUAGUGGCCUUUGCCCUCAUUGUUCGCCGAUAUUAUGCUAGUGGGGUGACAACACCAGCUAAUCGUAUCAAACUCUCCGUGUUUCUCCUGCUUAUACUUGUAUCCUCGAUUGCAACUGCUGCAUAUUGGGCAACUUCUCCUGAUGGUUGGAUCGGAUACGCAAUAACUGGGCCAAUUUGGUUGGUCGGAACCGUGGGGCUUUGGCUUUUCGUCCCACAGGCAAGGGAACCAAAGAUUUGGGGGGUGCCGUUGGUGCCAUGGCUACCGUCAUUGUCGAUCGCAAUUAAUAUCUUCCUUCUUGGGUCAAUAGAUAAAGCAUCGUUCACAAGGUUCGGCGUAUGGACAUUGGUCAUCUUGGUCUACUAUUUCCUUCUUGGAUUGCAUGCUUCCUAUGACACAGCCAAGGAAGCUAGCAAUAACGGCUCGCAGUGGAAGAAUGCUGAAGAGGGGGCGGUGCCUUCCGGGACUAGUUCAGGGUUAUCAGGAUAGAUCCAACGCAUUUUAGAGAAGUUCCUAUUAAAUAGGUGUCAUGUUAGUGUGUAAUUGUGUUCAUAUUAUGGUCAUUCUGGGUGUUUCAUAACAUAGUUUUGGUUUAGACCGUGUGUUUAAUUUGUUGUUCAUGAAGGAAAUAUGGUCUCUUUCCACAGGUUUCUUUGUAAAUAAAUUAUUUUAAGAGCUAGA